AUGGAUCAACUCUUGAUCCGCGGAGGAACGCCUCCACCACGUGUACACGUUAUAUUUCUCCUUCGACACUUGGACACGUGUCACACGUGUGAUUUUAAUGAAAUCUCGCCUCCCGCAGAUCUACUCAAACCACAUCCUCACCGCAUCCUUCACCAAUACAAUUCCCAACCUCCGUCAUCUUCCCCAACGAACUCUCAAACAAACCCUGUGCUCUCUCUCCCUGCCCAAACCCCACUACCCUCAAUGCCACCGCCCCACACCCCCGCUUUCAUCCUCUCAACCCCUUUCCGCCCGCCCUCCCGCCGUCCCUUCCGCGCCCCAGUCUAUUGCCCCCCAACCUGCACCGCGCGCCCCACCCGCCGCGCGGCCCUCGCGGGCGCGGCCGCCGCGGCCGCCGCGGCCUUCCUCCUCUACGCCCCGGCCCUGGCCGCCGACGAAGUCGACCUGCGCCCGCAGCUCAAGGUCUCCGGCGGCUCGGCGAGCACGUCCGGCGGCUCCAGCACCCGCACCGUCAUAAAGACCGUCACGCGCGGCGUCAACCUGGAGGGCGCGGACUUCUCCAACCAAGCCUUCGACGGCAUCUCGUUCCAGCAGUCCAUCCUCCGCCAAGCAAACUUCUCCGGCGCUAGCUUGAGAGACGCCUCGUUCUUCGACGCCGACUUGAGCGGCGCCAACUUCAAAGGCGCCGAUCUGAGUGGCUGCAACGUGAGUUGA